AAUGUCGGGAGGGGUGCGGGGGGGGGCCCGGAGCGGGCUCCGAAUCGUCCCAACUCCACCUUGGCAGAGCGCUGCUCGGCCCCCCCCGUGACGGGCCCGUGCCGGGCGUCCUUCGUGCGCUGGUAUUUCAUCCCGGCCGAGAAUUCCUGCCGGGAAUUCACCUACGGCGGUUGCCGCGGCAACGGCAACAACCACCCGGACCGCGAGGAGUGUCUGCGCCGCUGCCGCCCC